CUUUCUAGAAGCAACAUGGGAGCUAUAAAACACGCAGAGUUUCUCUGUCUGAGACAGUCGAGUACAGACAACUCAAACAAACUGAGAGAAAGCUCAGAAAGAAAGUUGAAGAGAAGAGCACGCUUGCUGAAGCGCAAGAGGAAAGCUGCUGUAUCUGUGAUAACUAAUAAUAAACAAGAUGUCUAAAGGUUUGUCUAUUGGCAUUGAUCUGGGAACCACUUACUCCUGUGUCGGUGUCUUCCAGCAUGGCAAGGUGGAGAUCAUUGCUAAUGAUCAAGGAAACAGAACAACGCCAAGCUAUGUUGCCUUUACUGACACAGAAAGACUAAUUGGAGAUGCUGCCAAGAACCAGGUGGCCAUGAAUCCAAACAACACCAUAUUCGAUGCCAAGCGACUGAUCGGUAGAAAGUUUGAAGAUUCUGUGGUCCAGAGUGACAUAAAGCUCUGGCCGUUCAAGGUCGUCAAGCAGGAUGGCAAACCAAAGGUUCAAGUGGAGUACAAAGGAGAGACAAAAACCUUCUACCCUGAGGAGAUCUCAUCCAUGGUCCUGGUCAAAAUGAGAGAAAUUGCAGAGGCCUACCUGGGGCAAAGGGUUAAUAACGCUGUCAUCACAGUCCCGGCAUAUUUCAACGAUUCGCAACGACAAGCGACCAAAGACGCCGGGGUAAUCGCCGGUUUGAACGUGUUGCGAAUUAUCAAUGAGCCCACUGCAGCUGCCAUCGCCUAUGGCUUGGACAAGGGCAAAAGAGGAGAGAGAAACGUCCUGAUCUUUGACCUGGGUGGAGGCACCUUCGAUGUAUCCAUUCUGACGAUCGAGGAUGGGAUCUUUGAAGUGAAGGCCACAGCAGGGGACACUCACUUGGGAGGUGAGGACUUUGACAACCGGAUGGUAAACCACUUUGUGGAGGAGUUUAAGAGGAAACACAAGAAGGACAUCAGUCAGAAUAAGAGAGCUGUGAGGAGGCUUCGCACGGCCUGCGAAAGAGCUAAAAGAACCCUCUCAUCGAGCACUCAAGCCAGCAUCGAGAUCGAUUCCCUGUUUGAAGGCAUCGAUUUCUAUACUUCCAUCACAAGGGCUCGCUUUGAAGAGCUUAACUCCGAGCUCUUCAGAGGCACGCUAGAUCCAGUUGAGAAGGCCUUGAGAGACGCUAAACUGGACAAAUCCCAAAUUCACGAAGUUGUUCUGGUCGGCGGCUCCACAAGGAUCCCCAAGAUCCAGAAGCUUUUGCAAGACUUCUUCAAUGGCAGGGACCUUAACAAAAGCAUCAAUCCAGACGAGGCAGUGGCAUAUGGGGCAGCAGUUCAAGCUGCCAUCCUAAUGGGCGACACUUCGGAGAACGUUCAAGACUUGUUGCUUCUCGAUGUGGCACCUUUGUCCCUAGGUAUUGAGACAGCUGGUGGAGUCAUGACUCCUCUUAUCAAACGCAACACCACAAUCCCCACCAAGCAGACACAGAUAUUCUCCACUUAUUCUGACAACCAGCCAGGUGUCCUGAUUCAGGUGUUUGAAGGCGAAAGGGCUAUGACCAAAGAUAACAAUUUGCUCGGCAAGUUUGACCUCACUGGUAUCCCCCCGGCACCACGAGGCUUGCCCCAAAUCGAGGUGACCUUUGACAUCGACGCCAAUGGCAUUCUCAACGUCACCGCCAUAGACAAGAGCACAGGUAAAGAGAACAAAAUCACAAUCACCAACGACAAAGGUAGACUUAGUAAAGAGGACAUUGAACGGAUGGUGCAGGAAGCAGAAAAGUACAAAGCCGACGAUGAUUCGCAAAGAGAGAAGGUAGCAGCAAAGAACAACCUGGAGUCUUAUGCCUUCAAUAUGAAGAACAGCGUUGAGGAUGAAAAGUUGAAAGGAAAGAUUAGCGAAGAUGAGAAGAAGAAGGUUAUCGAUAAGUGUAAGGAGGUUAUCACUUGGUUGGAGAACAAUCAGCUGGCAGAAAAGGAAGAGUAUGAGCACCAUCAGAAGGAACUGGAAAGUGUGUGUAAUCCCAUCAUCAGUCGCCUGUAUCAGGGUGGAGCGCCUCCUACAGGUGGCUGUGGGUACCAAGCUCAGUCUGAAUCGCAGGGUCCCAAGAUCGAGGAAGUGGAUUAAAAAGGAGAACAAUUCUGCCUUGUUUUUAUUCGUACCUGCUUUACUGUAGUGCAAUGUUUUUUUUUAAAUGUUAAAAUCAGGUUCUAUUUUCAAGAUUUGUAAGUGCAAUAUUAUAUUUGUAUCUUGUUUGUCAAAUGUGCCUAAAUACACAAAGGUGUCUACAGAUUAAAUGAAUAUGUCCAUGCAUCCAUUUACAUUUAACAGAUGCUUUUAUCCAAAGCGACUUGAAUAGGAGAGAGGACAUUUAACAUUUUGUCAUACAAUAAGUGUAGUCUACAAAGCUAUGUUUACAAAAAGGAAUAGAGCCAGAUGGCCAUUCAUCCAUUCUCAGAAACCAUUUGUCCUCUGUAGGGUCACAGGCAGGGUACACUGGAUAGAUUAUGAAUAUGUAAUGCUUUAUAAUGUUUUAUGUAUUAAGAGAAAUGAAAAAUAAGAAUGAAAAUAAAUGAUCACUUUAUACAAAAA